GGAUUAAUCAAGGAAAUGAUUGCAAAGUUUGAGGAAGAGCUCCCUUUAUACUCACCAUCAUUUUCUGAUGCAGCCAGGCAAUCAGAACUCUAUAUUACAAAGGUUACUGAAGGAGAGACUGACAUGAAAUCAAGGAGUAAAACUGAAAGCAGAAAUGAAGGAUGUUUUAACAAAAUUACUGUUGUUGGAGCUUGAGAUCUUGGCAUUGCAUGUGUACUAGCAGUUGCAGCAAAGGAUGUUGCAGACAAGGUGGUCCUUUCUGAUCUUUCUGAAGGUGCAGCAAAAGGAGGGACCAAGGAUUUGGAGUUUUUUGCUGUGGCAAAUGUGGAGAUCAGCAAAGGUAUGAGACGUUGUUUCUGGAACAGGAGUGGGUGCUGUACUGUUAAUUCUCUGGGUAAUGCUCAGACUUACCUCGAUGUCAUACAAAGCAAUGUGGAUUUGUUCAGAGGAAUUAUUCCAGCAGUAUCCCACUACAGUCAGAAUGCUGCUCUCCUUGCUGCUUCUCAUCCAGUUGAAGACAUGACAUUUGUGUCGUGGAAGCUGAGCUCAUUUCCCAAAAGCAGAGUAAUUGGAGCUGGUGCCAACCUUGAUUCAGAGAGAUUUCAGCACAUUCUGAACAACCUUUUGAAAGCAAAGGUGCUGGCAAAAGAUGCCUGGGUUAUUGGUGAACAAGGGGAAGACAAAGGGGUGUUCAAUAUAAACAGUGAAGUGUUCUUAAGCCUCCCAUGCAUUCUUGGAACCAGUGGAGUGAUUGAAAUGGUCAGACUGGAGGAAGACCCACUGGUGCAAGAGAAACUGCGCUCAAUUGAUGACCUUCAGCAGCAGCUGAAACUCUAAGGAAGCACAAGGGAAGCCUCUGUGUCUGCUCACUGAAGCUGGAGAUCUGCAAGGCAGAAGAGGCUGCUUCAUACAGAUGGAUUUCUGUAAAAAACAGGAAGCUUUGUUACUUUACUUUCCAAAAGUGCUUUCUCAGUUCAGGUUUAAAUAAUUUAAUACUGCACUGGAUGGCAAUUUUUAAUUUGUAUAGGGCACUUUUGGUAGCCAAAAUGAGGCAGGUAACACACAAGAAUAUUUUACCUAAAUUCAAGUGGCACUUGCCUGUGGGUUUUGGCUGCCAUUUAUAGCCUGAUUUUGGAUUAUUCUUAGCUUUUUGCACCUCUUUAGGAGGCAAAAGAGAGGGGCUUACCCAGCUCUGCAGAAGCUCCAUCAAGCACAGCCCACUUGAACCCACCCUCAUGGCUUUUAAAUGCUGUGUCUGAGGCUUGUUUAGGGCACAGUCACACUCCAGCUCCACAGGCACUGGGGAUGCAAUUCCAUAGCUCCAUCUUCUGUGGCUGUAGAUCUUCUUAUGUCAAGAAGACUCCUGGUAUUUUCCUAUUUCCUAAGGGGAAUAUGGUGUUCACAGUAUCCUUUAAACCUGAACUAUUAGCUAUGGGUUUCUGUUCACACUUUAUCAUGUCUGAAAUACUCCAAUUGUGACUCGCUUUUGUUUUGUGAGGACAUUCAGAGCACUGAGGCACCUGCAGUUCUCAGGACACACAUGCAGCACUGGAACAGGGGCUCUUCCUGAAUGGGAGGAGCAGGAGCUGGGCUUCAAACAAAAAUAAAAGAUAAAACCCAGCAGUUAAACAGCUCAGAGGUAUCUGUACAUUCAGAUGUCAAACCAAAGCUGGCUGGGAGCUUUACAUCAGCCUCAGGAGAAGGCAACAGAACCUGUAACCCUCUUCCCUGGAGACCAAGGAUGGGAACAAAAAGAAGGAUAUGGAUUUUUAGGUAAAAACCAGAUUGUUUUGAGAUUGAAGGGGUUUUAGGUUCUAACCUCUUUAUUUACUGCUGGUGAAAGACUGUGUUACUCCUGGUUAUACCUCAGCAUCACGGGGCAGGCACAGGGGACUUGGGCUCCACUCCUGCUGUGUGCAGCUUAGGAAUGUCAUUCCACGUUUACACUUUGAGGGGUGGCUGCUUGGAAAUUUACCAGAUAUUGUUGGAAAUUUUCCAAAUAUUGCUGGAAAUUUCUGAGCAAAAGUAGUAUGUGUGGCAGAGCAAAAGAGCUGAUCCUUUGUGCCUUCCAGUUCCAUCUCACAAAGAGCCAUACAUGCAGGGAGCUCAGAGUAUAUAUUGAUCUCAGAACUGGAUUGAACAUAGAAAAAAAAAAAAACUUUCAGUAAUUCAGACCUUUAUUUUUUUUUAAUACCCAAAUGUCCACUGUAGUGGCAAAUGACGGGGCAAAAUUAGUGAUGGCUGCAGGUAACCAACUUUGCUGCUAUAUUUUUUAAAAUCCGCACUUUAGGGUUUGGUUUUUUCCCUUACUUUGAAAAAAAAAAAAAAAAAAAAAAAAAAAACCUGAGAAUUUAAGGUUUUACAUUCUUUUUCAUGGUGGUGUUUCUCAUCUGUUGAGCGUUCCUUUUCACGCGAAUACUCAAGCUAUUGUUUAUUUAGCUUGGUGCUCAUGUAAUAACUUUAAUAUUAAAAUGCUGACAGCUCCUA